AUGUCUGCACCCCUAAAGGAACCCUUUUCGCUCAAGAAGUCCAUUGUAGAGAAUGAGUGUCGCCAUGUGUCGAUGCCAGGAGAUGACUUGGCUGGAAAUCAGGUUGAACAUUUUGAAAAGGACGCUAGCCGUGAAUAUUCGGAGAGCUAUCAGGCGUCCAUUAGCAGCCAGAUGAGCUUGAACUCAACAAAACCCCUGGAUACAGCACGAAGCCAUAAGAAAUUGCGACGCUGUUGUAGCCUGCGUAAACGGUGGCAAACUCUUCUCUAUUUAAUAGUCUUAUUGUUUAUAAUGGAUUUAAUAGUCAUACCUGGCUGGUUCUACACUUGUCCUUGGAUUAGACGGAAGAGCAUUUAUUGGAACUUUUGGGGAUCUGUACCGGAGCAACCAAGCGCGUACGGUUUUGCUAACGGAUACAGUUAUUCUGUUUUAUCAGAACGGGGAAUCGAUCUCGGAGUUUGGUAUCUAGCAGGGAAUAAUACCGUAGCUCAGCCGCAACUUCUUCCAGGUGGCGAACCUGUGAUUUUCCUGUAUUUACAUGGAAACAAAGAUAACCGUGCGAGCCACCAUAGCAUUAAUCUUUAUCAGGUGCUAACUGACAUGAACCUGAGUGUAGUGACUUUUGAUUAUCGUGGUUACGCCGAUAGUUCAGGUGUGCCAACAUCGACGGGGUUUGUUCAGGAUGCACUUGCCGUCUACCGAAACAUACGAACCAAGGUUAAAGCCAAACGAAUUGUUGUCUGGGGUUACUCUAUGGGCACCGGUGUGGCAAAUCGACAUUUAGCCGAACUGACUCGCAUCGGCGAUGUUCCAGCUGGCCUUGUUUUAGAAGCUCCUUUUGAUCAUAUUGCUAAUACCUUACGAUCCCAUGUGCUAACCUAUCCUCUGCGGAUUUUGCCUUGCUUCGAACAGGUUUAUCUUGAUUCACUACGCAGAGAUCCUGCUACCCACCUGGAUUCAUCGGAAGCUGUCACACACAUUGACACUAGUUUGCCGAUACUAAUCCUUCAUGCUAAAUGCGACGGGGUCGUACCAUUCGCACUGGGGAUUUCGUUGUAUAAAACCCUGCUUCGGUACCGUCUUGAGGUGAUGUUCAAUACCACUCAUAUUGACCGUAGGAAUGGCAAUAGAAUUUCUAAUUUGUCAACAACAGCGGAGAAGAGAAAUAGCGAUGCAGAUUAUGAUGACACUGAGGGAGAAGUUUCAUCAACCAUGUAUAACGUCAUGUUCAAGGCGUUGAAAGGUGAACGGUGUUACGGGCAUACGCAACUGCAAGAAUCGCCCAAUUUAACAGGUAUCGUUCGCCAGUUCGUACGACUUUCAAUAAUGGACGCGCGUGCAAUAUGA